AUGGGGUGAUUUGGUACAUUUUUUUAAUUUUCUUAUUUUUUAGAGACAACAGUCACUCGAAUGCAGCGGUCCCAUCAAAUCCACAAUUGUCAUUUUCUGAUGUAAGUUUAAGAAUAGGCAAAAAUUUUGAGAAAAAGAAUGUAGAAGUUUCAGGUUUUCGAAAAAGAAGAUAUUUCGUUUGGACAGGACAUUCGAAUAAAUCAACAACUUUUCACGGAAAGGGCCAGUCAAGUUAGUUUAUUUUGAGAUUUGGGGGGGGGGAGGAAAACAACUAACAGGUGAGAUUUGAGCUUCAUUGAAAACUAUUGGGUAACGUUUUUAAUUCAUAAUUACUAUUGAUGUUAAAGGAAAGUUGUUUAUAAAUUACUAUGCUUAAAUGAUUAGAUGAACCUUUGAAUUACACUUGAAGCUAUAGGAUCAGCUUCCAGAUUUUAUUGAAAAACAAACCAUGAAAUAUUUCAUAGGUAGAUUAAUUUUUUCAUAGUUUUAUGCACGCGUUUUCCAGUUUGUUUUGAAUUUAUUUAUUUUUUUUUUUUCUCACGUCAAUAUUUUCUUCGAGCACUCAUUUCUUGUAUCGAAAAAUGGUCAAGUGGUCACGUGUUUUUUGUUCACAACGUCCAGGAUCGAAUCCUUUUGAACGUUCUUGAAGGUAUGAUUUUUGGAAAAACAAAAAAUGAGAACAGGGGCGACCCCAUUGAAAAAUCCAGCUUCCAUCGAAAUGCAUGAAAACCCUUCGCACAAAACCUUUCUUUUCCUUUUUCUCGAUUUUCAGCGCGUUUUCGCUGGUUGUUGCGGCUUUUGGUUGCCGAUUGAAUUGAGCUCGAAUUAUUCGAGACAUACGAAAUGGGUUGAGGUUUUUAGCAUUGGUUUUCAUGUUAAAAUUGUUGUAUUUGGGCGAGAAAUCUCGCGAUUUCUCACAUUCCCUCUCUACAUAAGAUUGCGAAGGUUACUGUAGGUAGUUUUCCUUGUUGAAGGCGAAGUUAGUGUUUAAUUUUUUGUGGAGUAUUCCGGCGAUUUCGAGGAGGGCAUCACUGCUAUUGCGACGGAGAGUAGGGGAAGGGGGUCUUGUUGAACGACUUUGAGUUCCAGAUUGAAUAGUAUCACAUUCCAUAAUUGAAUUGAGAAUGCUGUGUAUGAACAGCAGUCCCUCGAUUUUAUGUCGGUUUUCCAAUCUUGUCGUUGAAGUAGAUCCAAAGAUGCACAAUUUUUUGCUAGCCUUUCUCCUGAUGUUCAGGAUCUCCUGAUAUUCUGCGCUCUUGCAACCACACACUUUUUUUCUGUCAGCGGGUGUUUUCUUUUCUUUUUCCUCGAUUUUCAGCGCUUUUUCGCAGUUGUAAUUUUUGUGUUUGAUUAAUGUUUUCAAAUAUUUAUGUCAUGAAUCAAAAAAUCGAUUUUUUUUGUUCAUUUUUGAACAUAACAAACAAUUUGUCGUGGGAUUGAGACACUUAUUUUAAAACCCACAAAAUGCUGCAAAACUUGGAUUUUUCUGGAAAAUGAAAAUUGUCAUUCUUUGGAUUUUUAUUGGGAGUUGUUUGAGUUCAAAUCAGUUUUAUGCUGAAUUGGCAAGAAAAGCAAUGCAUCAAUUAUAUGAAAUUGGCAACUUGCUUCCACAAAAAUUCAAUUUCAUUGCUUGUGAUGGAAAAAUUUAUGAUAGAAUAUAUUUCCUUGAAAAUUAUAUCUUCAAAGGUUUGCCAAAAGAUCGAUCUGUUCCGACUUCUGGAGGAAAUGAAACACAACUUUUGUUCAUCCAAGAUUCAAUAUUUGUUCGUCUUGGAUUCGUUAUUGAUCGAAUUGGUGAGAAAUUCAUAAUUACAAUAGCAUACGAAAAAGCUAGAUAUGGAAGACUUUGCAACGAGGUCUAUGCCAUAUUUGGAAAUAAAACAAUAAUGGACACUCUCUGAACUUGAAUGAAAAUUAUGAUUGCAUAAAUUGAUAAACAAAAUAUUCUCACUCUUUUUUCUAAAUAGUUUCUCAAAACAAAAAAAAAACACUUUCAUCUCUAAAAAAAAACAAUUUCCGAUGGUACAAAUUAUUUUUUAUGUUAUUUAUUUCAAUAUCUAUUUUUUCAAACAAAAAACAUACAGCUGAAUUCACAAUUAUUUUCCAUAAUCUUCAGUCUUUCUUCAAAAUUAGUUUCAUAUCUAAUAUUCUGAUGUCAUCAACUCCUCCAUCUGGAAAUUGGGGAAAUGCUCCAAUUUACCUAAAUAUUUUCUAUAUUUGUUCGAUGCUACAUUAUUUUCUAGUUCUCUUUGCUAUUCAAAAAUUACAACUUCCCUCAAAAUUUUCAUUUUUCCGACUGUUUUUCAUAACUGGAAUUUGUGAUAUUAUCAAUAUUUUUUCGAUUUUUUGGAUCAACUUUUUUCGAAAUUCUUUAUUCAGCCAAAUAUACAUUUACACAUCACAGUAUACUGAAAUUGUCUAUUACAUUUCAGCAAUUUUCGGAUGUCUCAAUAAUUUACUUUUAUCAGUCAAUCGAUAUUCGGCAACUUUUGUCAGUUAUGAAACUUAUUGGAAACCAUUUUCAAUUAAAGUUUAUUGCUUCAUAAUUUUAAUAAUAAGUUUUAUUGGAAGUUCUCCAAUGAUUCAAGGAGAUCGAACAUAUUUUUUGAAUAAUACGAAUGAAUGGAAAUGGACUGAAGGACCAUAUAAUUUAGAAUUUCAAAGAAUAAUUCAUUCAAUUAUAAUUGUUAUUUGUGAAUUGAUUGCUUGUAUUUUGAGUAUUUUAACAGUUCGAAAACUUAAAAUUCAGAAGACAAAAACAUAUGAAGAUCGACUUAUUUAUAUAACAAUUUCUCAUUUUCUUAUCAAUAUUCUAAUUGUUUUUUAUGAAAUUGUUGAAAUAUUCAAUCUUUCUGAUAUGUUCAGCGUUGCUAAGAUUUUUCAUAAUAUUGGUUUUGUACUUCUUGUUUUUUCAAAUAUUAUGAAUGCAAUAACAGUUAUUAUAGUCAAUCAACGAAUACGGAACAAAUAUUUCAGUUUUAUUUUUCCAUGUUCGAAAUUCAAAAAAGGCACGAAAAUUAACUCUAUAUUUGUUAGUUGAAUAAACGUUUUUUUUAAAUAAAAAAUGGAAGUUAUAUUCAAUCAUCAGAGCAGAAAAUCGUGUUUCAUUGUUCUGAACGGAUAUAUUUUUGAUUUUGAGAAAAAGGUUCCCACACAUUUUUCUCAGCAAUUUUUCCAUAUGUCUAGACGAAACAGCAAUUCAAAAUUCAAUAAUUUUGAAAAAUGAUUCGCUUUUUUAUUUUUAUUAUUUUUAUAAUAAUUACUUAUUCUAUGGAAAAUGCUGAUAUAAAAAUUGUGCAAACUUUGGUAGCAAAUGUAUACAAAUUCGCUGAAGCGAAGAACUCAUCGGAGCUCGAAAAAUUAUUCGUGAAUUAUUUCUACUUUCAUGAUUGCAAAAAUGAAUAUAAUAUUUCUGAAGUCAUUGAUAUUAUUAUGAAAGAUCCAUCAAAAGUGAAUCUGGAAAUUAAAUCGAUAAGUCGAAUGGAUGAAUAUUUGAUAUAUGUUACGGAACAAAAAUACAAAAAUAAUAUUAUUAUCACAAAUUUUGAUGCGAAAAAAGAUGAUUUUGGAAAUUAUCAAAUAAUUCGAGGAGAUGUUGAAAAUUGCAACGAAUUGGCAAAAUGUUGUAGUUUUUUCGAAAAUUGUUGA